CAUCAAAUAAAAGGAGACAACCACCUCCAGAUCAACUAGAAAGUCUCAAAGAUCAAGAUCCAGCAGGAGAAUGAUGCCGAUAGGGAUAUUUUUGUUUGUUUUGCUGAUUGUGUUCUUCUUCAAACAACUCUGGUCCCGAAGACAUUUGCCUCCCGGUCCUUUAUCUCUACCUCUCAUUGGGACCUUGUGGGCUUAUGGGUUUUGGCUUCAUGAAGAUUAUUUCCUUAAGCCUGUAAAACGAUAUGGAAAUAUAUACACCAUGUGGAUUGGACCUCAAAUUUUCGUAGUGCUGUCUGGAUUCAAAACUGUGAAAGAAGGACUGACCAGCUUCCUAGAUGAAUUCUCUGAACGACCGGAUGAUGCUUUCUUGACUGCUUUAGGGAAAGGAAGAGGAAUUAUUUUUUCCAAUGGCCACACCUGGAAACAGCAGCGACACAUCGGCCUCACUUCUCUAAGGAAGCUGGGCCUGGGAAAGAAAAGCAUUGAGCACCAGAUAGAAGACACAGCUCAGACGUUGGUGGAGAGCUUUAGACAAACAAAAGGACAGCCAUUUGACCCAUCGUUUCCGGUACUAAAUGCAGUUUCUAAUGUCAUAUGUGCUUUGAGUUUUGGCCAUCAGUUUGAACCUGAAGACGAAAACUUCCAGAAGUUAAUUCAAGCCCUGGAAAUUAUUGUGAAAAUCACUGGUGACUCUUUCCAUCACAUAUAUAAUGUGUUCCCACGAUUAAUGAGCUACCUCCCAGGCCCUCACAAGAAGGCCCUGGCUGCUGUGGAUUUGAUUGUCUCCUUUGCAAAGCAGGAAAUAGAGAAACACAAGGAAUCCAGCUCUCUGCAUCAGCCAGGAGACUUCAUUGAUUACUAUCUUCUUCGGAUGGAGAAGAGCAGGAAUGACCCCAACUCUACCUACAAUGAAGAGAACCUGGCUCAGUGUAUUUUUGAUUUUUUUGUUGCUGGAACAGACACAACCUUCACUGCUGUGAUGUGGGCACUGCUCCUCUUGACAAAUCAUCCCAACAUCCAAGAGAAAAUCCAGAAAGAGUUUGAAGAUGUCUCGGGGUUAAUUUCCUAUCAGGAUCGGAAAAAGCUGCCCUACACCAAUGCUGUGAUUCAUGAAAUGCAGCGUGUAAAAUACGUCAUGCUAGUUGGGGCUCCCAGGAAAAGUAUGAAGGAUGUGAAGAUGAGGGGUUACGUUAUUCCAAAGGGGAGCUAUGUUCUUGCAGACCUGCGUUCUGUUCUUCUUGACCCUGAACAAUGGGAGACCCCUGAGGAAUUCAAUCCAAAUCACUUUUUAGAUAAGGAUGGGAAGUUCAUUGAACGAGAAGAGUUUCUGUCCUUUGGAAUAGGUCGGCGUGCAUGUGUGGGACAGGAGCUGGCAAGAAUUGAGACCUUCAUCUUUCUGACCAGACUGUUGAGGGCCUUCAGCUUCCGGUUGCCUGAAGGAGUGAAAGAACUCAGUGAAGCAUCUAUUGCAAAGGUCACAGUGCAUCCACAGCCUUACAAACUGUGUGCUAUUCCCAUACAGGCUUAAACAUAUAAAUUUCCAUAAAAAGCAUAAGACUAAUUAUAGAAUAGUUAUUCAAUGUGGUAAAUGCAAAUGUUUACUUUGUGCCUUUUCACUUAAUAUAAUGUUUUGAUUCCUUUUA